AUGGAUCUAUUCAAGCUACUGGGUAACGGUGCACAUUUCAACAAGAAGCAGUUCGGUCGCGACAUUGAGCUCUUUCAGGGCAAAAAGGCCAGCGACAAAAAGAAACGAGCUUCCAGCAAUGCAGCAGCGAUUGAUCCCAAGUUGCGAUCCAAGCUGUUGAGCGAGAUCGAUCCACUUAACGAUAAGCCUGUCGAGGAGCAGUCUAUGGAUGUUGAUUCUGAAGACGAGGAGAAAGAUGAUGAUGAUGCCGAUAGCGAUGAUCAUAGUGAUGAUGAUGACGAUGCUGGUCAAGCAAAGACAUGGAAGACGAUCAACAAUCAAAAGGAAGCUCAAGCAUUUCGCAAAGCAAAGCGUAUUCGAGUCUAUGGCACCGACAUUCCCAAUCCAUUCUGCGCGUUUCAGGAUCUUGCAUCAGAAGCCUACAACUUGAAGCCACAACUGUAUACGAAUCUCCACAGCAGCCAAUAUAAGACACCGACACCAAUUCAAAUGCAAUCCAUCCCAAUCAUGCUUAAGGGCCGAGAUCUCAUGGCUUGUGCACCCACUGGUUCCGGUAAAACGCUCGCUUACCUCUUACCCAUCCUCCAAGACCUGGAUGAACCAUCCAAAGUGGGCUAUCGAGCAUUGAUCAUUGCACCUACACGUGAAUUGGCACAACAGAUUCAUCGAGAAUUGGUCAAGAUUAGUGCUGGUACGGGUAUCAAAAUCAAUGUCCUUACCAAGGCAUCGGCUGCAUCCAAAUCACAAAACCCACAUUCACGACAAAAGUUUGAUAUCCUGAUAAGCACACCCAAACGUCUUAUUUUCGCUGUGAGGGAGAAGCAGAUCGAUUUGAGCGAAGUGCGGCAUCUUGUGCUUGAUGAAGCGGAUAAAUUGAUGGAUCUUGGAUUCUUGGAGCAAACGGAUGAGAUUUUUGCAGCAUGCUCAGGACCCAACGUACGCAAGUACAUGUUCAGUGCUACAUUCACCGGACAGGUGGAAGAUCUCGCCAAAACCGUUAUGAAGGAUCCUAUUGAAGUUGUCAUUGGUUCAAGAAAUGCUGCAACUGAGACAAUUAAGCAAGAGCUUAUCUUUACUGGAAAUGAAGCAGGCAAAAUGGUGGCAUUACGACAAUAUAUCCAAAAGGGCAUCAAGCCUCCUGUGCUGAUCUUUGUGCAGUCCAUUGACCGUGCCAAGGAGUUGUUCCAUGAACUUGUGUAUGAUGGUAUCAAUGUUGAAGUGAUUCAUUCGGAUAGAACACAAGCACAGCGUGACAAUAUCAUCAAUCAAUUCCGUUUGGGCAAUAUUUGGGUGUUGAUUGCAACCGAACUCAUGGCACGUGGUCUUGAUUUCAAGGGCGUCAAUCUUGUUAUCAAUUACGACAUUCCGCAGACUGUAGCAAGCUACAUUCAUCGAAUCGGUCGUACCGGUCGUGCUGGUCGUGCUGGUGAGGCUGUUACUUACUAUACCAAGGAUGACAUGCAAUAUCUACGAAGCAUUGUCAAUGUCAUGAAGGAAUCAGGAUGCAAAGUUCCGGAAUGGAUGCUUAAGUUAAAGAAGCCAACUUUCCAAAUGAAGAAGGAAUUCAAGCGAAAAGGACUUGAGCGAGAAACCAUCGAUACAACACCAAAACGUGAGAAAAUCAAAGCAGCAAGGAGAAAGGAAAUGAUCGAAGCCUCUAAAAAACGAAAGAGAAAGCAAAGGCAGGACGCCAAGAAGAAAAUGAAAAAGGGCGAGGAGGAGCAGCAGCAGCAAAACGACAGUGAUUCAUCAUAA